ACAGCAAAGCAGCUCAUCAUUUAUCGUGUUCACAUUAGAGAAGUGAAAAAAUUACCACAAUGUUAUAGUUGAAUAGUUUUAUUCAGUGCGAUUUAUCACCUCAAGGAUUUACUAAUUGUGACUUUUAUUGCUGUUUCGGUUGUGCAUUUAUUAAAACGGUAGAAUCGUGAAGUUAUCGUCAUUCGAAGUUGCAGAAGCCACACCAGCAAGAUGUCCUCAUCGGCGAUUUUUAUCCUUGACGCCAAAGGAAAGGUGUUAAUUUCACGAAACUAUCGUGGCCACAUAGAUAUGGGCGUGAUUGACAAAUUCAUGCCACUGUUGAUGGAGAAAGAAGAAGAAGGUUUAAUAACGCCGAUUUUGCAAACACCGGAAUGCACCUUCGCGUAUGUCAAGACUAACAAUCUGUACUUAGUGUCCGUAACCCGCAGCAAUGCCAAUAUUGCGCUGGUGUUUGUGUUUCUACACAAAGUGGUUCAAGUUUUUACGGAGUAUUUUAAAGAGCUAGAGGAAGAAAGCAUUCGGGACAACUUUGUUGUUAUCUAUGAGCUGAUGGAUGAACUGAUUGACUUCGGCUAUCCACAAACCACAGACAGUAAAAUCCUGCAGGAAUACAUCACUCAGGAGGGUCACAAACUCGAGAUACAACCGAGGAUUCCAAUGGCCGUAACGAAUGCCGUAUCGUGGCGUUCCGAAGGCAUCAAGUAUAGGAAAAAUGAAGUGUUCCUGGACGUGAUCGAAAGUGUCAACUUAUUGGCCAAUGCCAACGGAAACGUGCUUCGUAGUGAAAUUGUGGGUGCAAUAAAGAUGCGCGUUUACUUGUCCGGGAUGCCCGAACUACGGCUGGGACUGAAUGACAAAGUUUUGUUCGAGAGUACCGGCAGGGGUAAGUCCAAAUCGGUGGAAUUGGAGGACGUGAAAUUUCACCAGUGCGUGCGGUUGUCUCGUUUCGAAAACGAUCGCACCAUCUCGUUCAUUCCACCGGACGGCGAAUUUGAGCUGAUGUCCUACCGCUUAAAUACGCACGUGAAACCGCUGAUUUGGAUCGAAUCGGUCAUAGAGCGACACGCCCACAGUAGGGUGGAGUACAUGAUUAAGGCCAAGUCACAAUUCAAGCGCCGUUCAACGGCCAACAACGUGGAAAUAGUUAUACCGGUGCCAGCCGAUGCUGAUUCACCCAAAUUCAAAACCACCAUCGGCAGCGUCAAGUACGCGCCGGAGCAGAAUGCCAUCACUUGGACCAUUAAGUCAUUUCCGGGUGGAAAGGAAUAUUUGAUGCGGGCUCAUUUCGGACUUCCCAGUGUCGAAUGCGAAGACUCGGAAGGCAAGCCUCCAAUCCAGGUCAAAUUCGAAAUUCCGUACUUCACCACCUCUGGAAUUCAAGUUCGUUAUUUGAAGAUCAUCGAGAAGAGCGGCUAUCAGGCGUUACCGUGGGUGCGUUACAUCACCCAGAACGGAGACUACCAGUUGAGAACGAACUAAACAGAAACAUUCUUCAUUAUUCCCUACAUACCACAAGCCAGAUACACAUAACUAAAUAAAUCGCACUGGAUACCCCAAGGAAAGCACGCAAGUGAAAACAGGCAGGUUGUUCGUUUUAGGAAUUUAUUUUAGGAAAUUAAUGAGUGCAAAAAUGCAAUGAAAAUAGUUGAAAAACUAUAACAUCUAAUAUUACCUAACAUCUUAGUGACAUCGACGUACAUGAUUGGCAGAAAUUCGUUUAUCGCAAAUAAAAGUUUAGUUAUUUUUCCUACAACAAGAAUGCGUAGUUAUAUUUUUAAAGCCAUUCUAUUUUAGAUGUUUGAUAAAGCAGAUGGUCCCGUAGAUUUCCGAAAGAUAUCAUUCAAGCGGGCAAAGUAUUAUAAAUUUGAGAAAAAAUAUAUUAACCUUAUUUUAUUGUGUUUAAUUAAAUAAUAGACAUCGGUUCAUAUUUCACCAAUGA